CAUUGACAACUAGAACUAGAAACUAGCUGUUUUUCGUCGUAUAUAUAUAUACUGAUCGAGUGGGGCUGGUGAAGAUCAUCAUGGGUAGUGUUAAUCUUCCUCCUGGUUUUCGGUUUUGCCCUAGUGAUGAAGAGCUAGUAGUGCAUUUUCUUCAUCGUAAAGCAGCUCUUUUACGUUGCCAUCCAGAUGUGAUCCCCGAUCUUGGUCUUUAUCCUUAUGAUCCAUGGCAACUUGAUGGCAAAGCGCUGUCCGAGGGUAAAAAACGCUAUUUCUAUAGCAGAAGGACACAAAACAAGAUUACCAGCAAUGGAUGCUGGAAGCCAAUGGCCGGCCGUGGCGAAGAGCUUGUGCUUGCUAGUGAUAGCAACAAAACAGUAGGAACGAAGAACUAUUUUCUGUUUUAUACAGCUGAUGGUAUCAGAACUAACUGGGUAAUGGAAGAGUACAGACUAUCAGGAUUUGGCACUUCUGCCUCUACUAAAACAAGAAACCGGCAAAAACAACUUGCUCAGGAUUAUAGUAAAUGGGUUAUUUGUCGAGUCUACGAGCGAGAUCUUGACGAGGACGACAGUGGAACAGACCAGCUCUCAUGUCUAGAUGAAGUUUUUCUAUCUUUGGACGAUCUUGAUGAAAUAAGUUUGCCAAAAUAAUUACAAUUUAGAUUAGAUUUAGCAUGCUGUCAACUUUGUGCUCCAUUAUAUAUCAAGGCUCGAUCCAAUUGUAGAUAGUGGUUUUUGUACAUUGAUGAGUGGAAAGUCUCGUCGUGUGUACUUGCAAGCUCGGAUUAGAAAUUAUAAACUGAUUCGUCAGCCACUGUUUG